UUGAGUUUUUUUGUUUCCCCUGAAUUUUCGUUUUUCUUGAUUGUAUCCCAGAUUUAAUUUCUUAGCUGUCUGUGUUAUUCUGCUAUCUGUUCAAAUAAUAUAUGUUUUUAUUGGAUCAAUUUGCAAAGCAGAUUGCGAAAAGAUUCACAUUUUAAAGUUCAUUUAUGAUUUGUUGGAUUUUUCUUGUUCCUGUAUGCAAUGUAAUUUCUUGUUCUCCUUUUUUGUUAUGAAUAUUAUUUGGAUUUGAUUAAGUCAAUCUUUUCUUGCUUAAAUUUCUUGAAUUAACUCAAACUAAAUAAAGAAAAUGAAAUUUCGAGAGGGUGACACCUCUUAUCGUUGAAAUUUGUUUUCAUCCUUUCGAUAGCUCUCUCUGUGAUUUAGUUUUUUACUUCCAAAAGAAAGAAAAUUUACUGUAUGUCAUGUAUAAUGCUGAUCGUUUACCUUUUUGGCAGUGUACAAUCAUUUGGAGAGGAUUUCUGAUCUGUCCUCCUAAGUUAUAGUUGAAAUGAAGAAGGUUUUUGGUCAAACUGUCCGCGACAUUAAGAGAGAGGUGAAUAAAAAAGUUCUGAAAGUCCCUCCUAUAGAAAGGAAGGUCCUUGAUGCCACCAGCAAUGAACCCUGGGGACCUCAUGGAUCUCAUCUUGCUGAUAUUGCUCAGGCAUCAAGAAAUUAUCACGAGUAUCAGAUGCUUAUGGCGGUUAUAUGGAAGCGUAUCAAUGAUACUGGAAAAAAUUGGCGUCAUGUCUACAAGGGUUUGACUGUUUUGGAGUACUUGGUAGCUCAUGGAUCAGAGCGUGCCAUAGAUGAGAUCAGGGAACAUACUUACCAAAUAUCGGCACUGUUUGAUUUUCAAUAUGUUGAUUCCAGUGGGAGGGAUCAAGGAAGCAAUGUCAGAAGGAAAUCUCAAAGUCUUUUAGCCCUUGUAAAUGACAAGGAACAAAUACAAGAAGUUCGCGAGAAGGCUGCUGCUAACAGGGACAAGUAUAGCAACACGUCAACUGGUGAUCGGCCUGGUUCUCAGUCAAAUGCAGGAGGAUAUGGUGACAAAUAUGAUGAGGAUCGUUAUGGAAGCAGAGAUGAUGGGCGAAAUGACUAUGGGAGAGAAAGAGAAUGGGGCAGCAGGAAUGAUGACAGAUAUGGUAGGUAUGGUGAUUCAUAUGGCCUUGAUGGAGACAGGUAUAGUAGAGAUAACGAGGAGCGGUAUGGUCAAGAUGGCUACAGGGAUGAUGACCACCGUGGAAGAAGUCAAAACAGUGAUUAUCAGAAUGUUUUACAAUCCAGAAGCACUGAUAGGAAUGGGAACCAUACUUAUGAAGAUGAUAGACAAAGUUCUUCCAGAGGUAGUAAUGCCAAAGGCGAUUCUCAAGAGGGAAGUAUGGCCAGCAGGCACUUGGACCGUAAAUAUUCUGAUCAAAGCCUUGGGGCUCCUCCUAGUUAUGAAGAGAUUGCUGGUACUGCACGCAGUCCCACUCUUAGUGAAAGGGAUGGAGAUCUCUCAGCUGUUCCCAAAGCAUCCUCUCCUCCUGCAAGUGUUAAUCCAAGCCAUGAGACAACAGAUGCUUCACACUCGGCUCCUGCUUUACCACCAGCUCCUGAUAAUAAUGGGGAAGUAGAUGGCUUUGAUGAAUUUGAUCCUCGUGGUUCAUUUUCAGCUAUACCAGCCAUAUCAAAUGGUACCAUUCCAACUACUUCUGGUGGUGCGGAAAUGGAUUUACUAGGCUCUUUUUCUGAGCCAUCUUCUUCAAACUCAUUAGCUCUUGUGUCUGCUGCACCGGGAACGGCGGCCAAGGAGGCUAGUGCCCCACCGAACUCCAGCUCUAUUCCCACAUUUAUGCCCACAUCAUCACCAUUCACAGUCUUUAAUCAGUCAUUUGAUGAUCCAUUUGGGGAUGGCCCUUUUAAAGCUAUUCCUUCUAUGGAAAGUGUACCAUCGCAACAACAGAUUCCUACUUCUACACAUUCUUUUGCCCAGAACCCCUAUCAAAGUUAUGAUUUGCCUCAGCCAGUUAUUAAAAAUGCAGAAAAUGAUUUUGGGGGUAGUUUUCACGGUGCAACUUACUCGUCAUCUGGUCCUUCUGGCGCCCAACUUCCUUCUACAGAAAUCCCACAGUUUCAGCAGCAGGAGCUAUCAAAUAACGACGAAGAUAUUGAUAUAUUAGCAGAUAUUCUCCCACCCUCUGGAGCUUCGCAUCAUUACCAUUCACAAAUUGAUUACCCUGUUCCAGCUAACCAACCCGUGUCACAGACAGGGUUUCCACAUCAGACUAAUCAACAUGAAUCACAUCCAGGUCCGCUGUCCAUACAGAGCCAAACUGCACUACAGACAGGUUUCCAUGCUCAAAAUAGCGAGCUUACGUCAUUGACAGCUUUAUCUGGUCAACCUGGCCAGUCUCCUUUGCAGACAAGUCAUCUACCCUCUGGAGCUUCACCUCAUGUCAAUCCACAAGCCGAUUAUCCUGUUCCAACUAACCAACAAGUGUCUCAGACAGGGUUUCCACCUCAGACUAAUCAACCCGAAUCACAGUUGGGUCAGCUGUCCCUGCAGAAUCAAACUGCAACACAGACAGGUUUCCACGCUCAAAAUAGUGAGCUUGCAUCAUUGGCAGAUUUUCCUGGUCAACUGAGCCAACCUCCUAUACAGACAAGCUAUCCGCAUCAACAAGGCCAAUCUGUUUCUCAGACCGAUUUUCUGGCUCAAACGAAUCAGUCUCCAGCCUUGACAUUUCCAUCUCAAACUAGUCAAACAUCGCAGAUGGGUCCAACUCACAGUAGUCAAGCUGCAGGUUUUCCAUCUCAAAUGAGUUCUUCACAGGCUGCUUUUCAUGCUCCGUUCAGAGGUCAGUCUUCACAGCCGAAUGCCAACUUUUAUGCAGGUUACAACCUGCCGGCUGGAUCUACUGGCGCAGCAGCUUUUCAAACGGUUCCUCAAGUUCCUACUGGACCUGUUCCCCAAAAUAAUUUUCUUCCACAGCCAGGUUAUAAUGCUCCAGUGGCUUCACAAAUGGGUUUUCAAGCUCCACAAGUGAGGCCAAUCAGUCCCAUUGCUUCACAAUCAGCUUCACCGGCCUCAACUGGUUCUCCUACCAUAGUUCCUCAACCAUCAAAAGACAAGUUUGAGACAAAAUCUACUGUUUGGGCUGAUACUCUAAGCCGCGGACUGGUCAAUUUAAAUAUUUCCGGACCUAAAACAAAUCCAUUGGCUGACAUUGGAGUUGAUUUUGACGCCAUAAAUCGCAAGGAGAAGAGAAUGGAGAAACCUAAUGCUUCUACGGUAACAUCCAACAUUACCAUGGGUAAAGCAAUGGGAUCUGGUUCUGGUAUUGGCCGUGCUGGUGCAGGUGCUCUCAGGUCUCUACCAAAUGCAGUGGUGGGUUCCGGCAUGGGCAUGACUAUGACCAGUGAUCCUGGAUCAGGGUUUGGCAUGGGAGGCUAUUCAGGAGUGAACCAGCCCAUUGGGAUGGGGAUGAAUAGGCCAGGAAACUUGGGCAUGGGCAUGAACAUGAACAUGAACAUGAACAUGGGUCAAGGAUAUAACAUGCAACAGCAGCCAGGACUUCCUCCUGGAUCAACAAUGUCCGGAGGUUAUAAUCCCAUGAUGGGAACAGGUAAUUAUGCCCAACAACCAUAUGGUGGUGGCUACCGUUGAGCUUGAACAACAUUUGAUCGCCAGAAGUCGAACGACCUGUGCUUUCCGGUUGUAUUAUAGAGUUACAUUUACAAGUUUUCGGCUAUAACUUUUGGGGUCACUUUUGAUUUCCUUGUUUGCCACGUUUAGCAAGUGGCUGCAGUUAUUCAUCUGUUUUAUUGAGAGUUGCUUGCCUAUGGGGUUAAUUUGGAUUGUGUGGUUGCCUCAUUGCUCUUUAGAUGAUGUGAUAUGCAUACAUACCUUUGAGGAUUACCAUUUUGAGGUUCUCUCUAUUGGUAUUCUCAUACAUAUAUAGAUUUUUGUCAGUUUAUUCAUUGUUGAGGCAUGGAACAGCUUCUUGCCGAAUUAUAUAAACGAUAUUCAUUUUUCUUCAUUC